ACCACGUGACAUAGGGUGACUGAUUCCUUCUGCUCUCAGAACUUUGGUAUAAAUAAUGGUCAUGGUGUCCAUUUGGAUCAUUCGUGGUCUUCUGGUCUCAAUCUCCUCAGGUCCUUUCCUGUCCACUUCUCAAGCAUCAUGAGAUUCUUUUUGGUACCUCUUUUCUUGGCAUCCGUUGCCAUGGCUGCCGACAUGGGCUUGAACAUUGCCGGUGGAGCUUACAACUUUGGAUACAACACCGGAGAUGCCGGCGGCCAUAGCAGAGUAGAAUCCGGCAAUGGUAACACAGUAUCUGGCAGCUACAGCUACGUUGAUGCCAAUGGUGAUCGAAGGACUGUCCAAUACUCAGCUGGACCCGGAGGAUAUCAGGCUAGCGGUGAUGUUGGAGUGGACAGACGAACAGCCGCUGCAGCAGCUGCUCUUGCUGCCAUGGCACCCAAAGCACCCGCCCCCGCUGGACCUGCACCAGCUGCUCCUUGGUACAACCCCAUCCCAGCUCCCGUGGCCGCUCCCAUUGCCCCAGCUUUCAUCGGACACCCCGGUGGAUACAUGGCAAAAUGGUAAAAAGAAAUACGAUAGGUCAACCAAGAUCUUAAAACUCUUGAAAAGAUGGAACUCUAAGUGACACCUGUUUGGAAACUUUUGUACUGAUGCUUGGUUUUGGAGCUUAUGCCUAGGAAAUCAGGGGAGCACGGAUUAUGUAAAUAAUUGAUACAGCGCAAUAAAUGUUGCAAUGAAUGAA